CCUUAACAUUAGUAUCAUCUCUCCAGGCACCCUGUUGUCAGCUGCUUAACUUUAAACACAUGAAAACAUGGUUUUAUCACCAUCUCAUAACUUUCAAACAUUUUGUCCUCUCCUCUUAUUCUUCAUAUUCUCCCUUAGUAUUACCUCCUGUAGUGAAUUGACCCGGCAAUUCUGGCCAAAAUUCUGGGAAUGUGACGAUACAAAGGGAAAUUUUACGCAAAACAGCACUUACGAUUUAAACCUUGCUACUGCAUUUUCCAACUUCACUUCCCUAUCCUCUUCGCACCUAUUCUCCAACUUGACGAUCGGCGGCUCCCAUGACGAUGUUACAGACAUAGUCUACGCCCUCUAUGACUGCCGGAACGAUCUUACCUUCGAAAAAUGCCACGGCUGCGUCGAGGAUGCCACCAGGAAUGCUUUAGAUCUUUGCUAUCGCCACCCCAAAGAGGGCAUAGUUAUAUAUGAGGAAUGCAUGUUACGGUAUGCCAACCGCAUGAUCUUCUCCAACAUGGAGCUGCGCCCCAACUAUACAAACUGUGCUGGAGUUAAGCUCCUCCUAGACGGCGGCCAAAUCGAAGGGGGAGUGAGGAGAAACCUCGACUCGCUGAUCGACGAAGCUACCUCGGAAAGUUCAUCUUCGAGGAACUUUGCAGUUAAGAAUGGGAGUUACAUAGCACAAAGAGAAUUUUACUUUUUGGUGCAAUGUACUCCUGAUCUUAGUAGGGCGCAAUGCAAGGAGUGUUUGACGGAUGCAUUAAAUUUCACGGUCGAAUCAUGUGCGAGUGAUAGCCGAUUAUGGGGACAAAUUAAAAGGCCAAGUUGCCAGAUGAGAUAUGAUGUUGAACCUUUUUUUAAUGUGUCGUCAGACGGCCUUAUUCCACCCACGCCUUCUCCUCCGCAUAUUUCUCGUCAACCCUUGGUUGCUAUCGGAAAGCUUUAUUUCUAUCUUUUUGUAUUUAUCUUUUCAUUAUUGUAAGACUACUUUAUUUGUAUUUGAAUAUUUGUAAGAUGUAAAAAAGA